AUGGUUAAUGAUACCUGCAUGAUGUUGAAGAAUGAGGUCCAUCUUGAUGUAAGAGGAGUGUACCGAUAUGCAAGAGAUUUGUGGGGCUGCCAUGUUAUCCGCAUCGACACACUUGUAUUACUCAAUGCAUUUGCCUACGUAUUCCUCGCCACUUUUGGGCCCCAGCGCCGCCGCUCCAAAAACUGGUUCAUCCAAAAAGGUACCUUGGUCGCAAACACUCUGUCCUUCUUACUGGGAACAUACACCCUUGGUUCAAUGCAAUCUUCCAAGGUGAAGAGCGGCAUGUACCCCGUUUGGGCCGCAACUCUCUUCAUCCUUCACGUCUGUACCAACACAGCUUAUAGUCUUGAUGACAAUAAACACGUAACGAGGGUCCUGUACCGGUUGGUGUUCUACAAUGUAUAUGGGGGAUUGCUUUUGAUGACUGCAAUUGGAAAUGGAAGUUCUGCCCCCCUUGUUAUUAUUUUAUAUGCUGUUGGUCAAUAUAAAUUCAAGUAUAUACAAGCACCAUGUGUGCUGGCAAGCUGUUCAUGGAACCUGAAUAAAAUGGUUGCUGAUUACAUGUAUGACGAGCACACCAAGGGUGAAUUUGUUCCAACCACCAUGAAAGGUUGCCAUUACCUGGUUGACUGGCCCCUCGACAACUCCAAGUUGGGUGCUCCAUCGUAUGCAUCACGAUUUACAUCGGAUGGCAAUGAAGUCAUUGACAUAGAGAAGAUAUGGCUUUGUGAUGACAUUUCAGAAGAGAAUGAGCUAAAGGAUACAUGUCUUUCCUUCUCUCUUUUUCUUCUGCUGAGAAGGCGCUACUUUGGGUUUGCCUGUGGCGAAUCGAAAGAAAGGGCACAUGAUUUUGUCUUCAAGGGGCUGCUACGGGAGAAUGAGGAAGGUACCACAGACUGCAACCGGGCUUUUAGGCUGAUUGAGGUUGAGUUAGCAUUUAUGUAUGAUUUCUUUUUCACCACAUCUGCCGCCAUUUAUUAUGGAUCAAGGGCUGCAACAGUUGCAGCAUUGCUUUCAGUUUUCUUCCUCUCUCUUACAAUACUUUCGAUAGUCAGCUUGCAUCCAUCACCCAUACAUGAAGGUGACAUGGCGAUCAGCUUAUUCAUACUUGCAUCUGCUGCUUUGCUUGAAUUGCUUCAACUGCUACUUUACUGGACUAGCAUUUGGAGCAGAGUAUCCUUUGUCUGUCAGUAUCUCAGAGAACAAGCACGAUUGAACACAAGGGGAAGCUGCUGCUCCUGCUCCUCCUGGUGCCGCUGCCGCUGCGUGCUGCUAAGAUUGAAAGGGCUUCUUGCCAAAAUUGGUGUGCAUUGGACACCAAACAAACACUAUUGGCAGCACAAGCUUGGGCAGUACCCCUUACUUGAUUACCGUCCUAUGUUAUGUGACAAGUUCAAGGAUUAUUUGGGUAGAUUCACAAUAUCUUCAGAUCCCACACAUGCAUCGCCUAUCCUCCAUCCAAUAGACUAUCACACACGGAGGGUUCGUCAAAAACGUGGGAAAUCUACAGAGAUAACUGCAGAAGUACAGAAGGCACUUAUUUACUCCCUCAAACGUUCCAAUGGUGAACUAACGAAUGGAAAAUCAUCACUAGUGUCCAAUGGAGCAGGACACCUUUUAUGGGCUUGUGAACGGGCCGUGCACUCAGAAUCAGACACAAGCUGCAUUAUUCUGACUUGGCACAUUGCGACAUGGUACUGCGAGAGGGGAACUCUUGGAUGCAGCCCUUGCCCAGACGAGGAAACAGAACUCAAGGUCCAUCUUGGUGUUGCCACAAAACUGUCGAAAUACUGUGCAUACCUGCUGGUCUCUGCACCAAAACUUCUUCCAGGGCACGAAUAUGAUACGAGCUGUGUGUUUGACGAAGUUGCAGAGGAAGCUAGGAAAUUGCUGUCAUAUGUGAAUGUGAGGGAUAAGUAUCAAGCACUGAAGAACUACGGACUAGAAGAAUCAGAGGCUACCAUCUUCCAGAGUGGCGCUAAAUUGGGAAAGCAGCUAGAGGAGAUAGAAGAUGUUACCAGGCGUUGGAAGGUGCUAGCUGAUUUCUGGUCUGAGAUGCUGCUCUACAUCGCGCCAUCAGAUAAUGUCGACGAGCACAUCGAGCAGCUCACACGGGGCGGCGAGUUCAUCACCCACCUGUGGGCUCUGCUCUCACAUGCUGGCAUUCUACAGAGGGGUCAACCUAAUCUUAGCAAUAUACGUGCAGAAAAUAGUGAGGGUAGUUCUGCGAGACACCAAGAAAGUGAGCAAAAUUCAGCAAAUCUUGAAGAAAAUACUCAGGAUAAUUCUGCGAGAGCGAGACACCAAGAAGUUGUGCAAGAUUCAGUAGAUCCUGAAGAAGCUACUCCACUUGCUGAUCAUCCGGUGCAAAUUCACGACAAUCUGUUAUCGACUCGUCUUACCCUCCAAGUUCAUUCACAAGGUGUUGGGGCCAGACCGCUACAAAUACCUGAGCAAGAUAUAUCUACAGAAAAUGAAUGCCAUAUUGAUGUUCCUGAAGCUCCAAGCACCAUGCAGCAAGCUCUCCCUGAACAAAUAACUCGUCAAAGGGCCGUCGGAUCAGCUCAGUGA